AGACCAACAGGACAACAAUGUCCUCAGAGACCAACAGGACAACAAUGUCCUCAGAGACCAGCAGGACAACAGUGUCCUCAGAGACCAGCAAGACAACAGUGUCCUCAGAGACCAGCAAGACAACAAUGUCCUCAGAGACCAGCAGGACAACAAUGUCCUCAGAGACCAAAAGGACAACAAU